GUUCGUCGCAGCCCGGAGAAACAAUCGAGUCCGAUUUAGAUUGAAAAAGGACCGAUUCCGGUCGAUGUGCUGAUAAAGUGCCCCUGUCCUCCACCGUCCGGCUCUGCGGUCCUCUCCGUCGCAGUUCGAUCCCGCUGAUUCGCCGUUAAGGGCGUCUGUUCGGCCUUGUUUAUACUGUGCAGCUCGCAGCAGGCCCACCGGGUCCUGCUCGACUCCCGCGGCCGCCUCGGGUCCGCAGUGUGUUCUGUUCGGUUCGGCCCUUCAGCUCACCAAAGAAUAUGACCCAGAUGCAACAAUGACAUCCAGAUUCGGUAAAACCUACAGCCGCAAGGGAGGAGAGGGCACGUCCAAGUUCGACGAGGUUCUGUCCACCAAGAGAGGCACCCUCAGCACCAAAUGGGGCGACACCACCUACAAGGCCAAGGUGGGCUCCAAGCGCGCCGGCGCUCCCAAGAGCGACUCCGUCCUGGGGGUUUACAAGAGGCCCCGUCCGUCCGGAGACGGCCUGGAGGAUCCGUUUGGAUUCGACAGCGACGAGGAGUCCAAGCCCGUGUCGUCUCGCAGCGGCAACAAGUCGUCGCCCGCCAAGCCGGCCUCGGCGGAGCCCCCCCGAGCGGAGAGGCCGGGCGUCUCUUUGGAUGCGGGGAGCAGGUCCAGCCUCCAGGGAGGAUCCCACGCUUUGGCGUCCGCUAGAGGGGCGUCGUGGCCGGCCAACGACCCGCCCAGAGUGCUGGAGGACACGGCUCGGUUCUUCAACAGCAGCAGUGCCGGCUUAGGGAAGUCCCAGCAGAGUUCCUUGUUGCCGGACAACCAGCACAGCUACUCGUGGUACCAAAACGCUUCUGAAAGCGACAAGAAGCCCCUGGCGCAGACCACCACCCUAAAGACAGGGUCCAAGGCAGAGUCCACCUACGACUCCUGGGAUGACAUCAUGGGUCUCCGUCCACCCUCGCCCAGCCAGGAGCCUCGCAACCCCGCCCCCACGCUCUCUUGGGCUACGGCGGGCGUCACCGCGGGCAGCUGUGACGUGGGGCAGACCCGGCGUGAGAAGGCCCCCUCUCCUCCACGGCUCCAGAGCCCAAGCGAGAGCGAGGACUUUGGGGGUGACUUGGACUUCCUUGUGGAGACGUCAGACUACUCCCAGACAUCCUCCUCCUCUUCGCUCGUAAGAAACACUAACUGUCGGACGUACAGGAGGCCGACCAAACAAGGCUCUGGCAAAGCCUCGGACUCCAGCGGCUGUGCGAGCGCUGCUUUUGACACAGAUCUUCCCAAAACCUCGUCUGAUGGCAGUAAUAAGACGAGUGGAGGGGGACGAGGCAGGACGAGGGACUACACAGUGCUGCACCCCUCUUCCAUAUCGAUGUGUAACGUCACCAUCCAGGGCAGAGGAGUGGAAGAGUUUAGUAGUGAUGCAGCACCAUCUAGUGGUAGCAGUAGUGCCGGCUCUGGCACUACGACAGAGCUCGGAGACGCGGGAUGGCAGCGGAAGAAGGCGGAACAACAAAACACAAGGUUCAGGCCGACCCAGACCAAGUCAAAGAAGGACAGCAAGCUGGACCUGUUUGGUUUCGAAGACGCGGACGCCCGUCAGGAGGACGACAGCGCGACAGACAACGCAGACGGCGGAUCCAGUUACAAAAUCAAAUACUUUGGAUUUGAUGACAUGAGCGACAGCGACGGCGCCGAGGAUGACGGCGAUUACGGCUCUUCAGAGAGGCGGAGGGCCAAGAAGGCUGCCGUCGCCAUGGGAACCCCGGUGGUUACAGUGGAGGAAAUCCCAGAAGAUGAGCCGGAAGAUGAGAUAGAAGAUGAGCCGCCAGAUCCCUUCGAAAGGCUGGAGAUUGAAGAAAGACCGGCACCGAAGGAGAACAAGAUAUACUCUGCGAGGCAGGAGAGCCGGAUACGAACAGAAGUCCUGGACUUCUCCGAGGACGGACUCAGAGUGGUGGCCGGGGCUACCAGGAGGCAAACUCAGAGCAAAGCUACCGAGAAGAACCCAGACUCCUUCCGGAGGAUCUUCAGCGCACACAAGAAGUCUCCCACCCAAAAGCUUGUGUACAACGCCAGACACUGGACAGUGGAGAAUGAAGAGGAGCGCCCCUCCCUCCCCUUUUCUUCUCACGAUCAGCAGACCGCUCCUGCACCAGUCUCUGCAGGAGGAUCCAGUAAGGAGCCCACCGAUGCUCAGAAGGACGACGGCGUUUUUAAGGCUCCUCCCCCUCCUCCAAAGGUCACCAAGUGUGUCACCCUCCCCACAGAUCUCUACCAGGACACUGUCACUGCACUCAAAUGCCGCAAGGAGCACAAGGAGCUGUAUACAGUCGUCCAGCAUGUGAAGCACUUCAAUGAUGUGGUGGAGUUUGGAGAGAACCAGGAGUUUACUGAUGACUUUGAGUAUCUGGCCACCGGUCUGAAGAGUGGACAACCUCUCAACACACGCUGCCUUAGUGUGAUCAGCCUGGCUACGCGCUGUGCCAUGCCCGGCUUCAGGAUGCACCUCAGGGCCAGAGGGAAGGUGGCUCAGGUCUUCAAAACACUUAAUGAUGCCCCGCAACACCCGAACCUGGCCCUGUGCACGGCGUCUCUGAUGUACAUCCUCAGUAGAGACCGGUUAAACAUGGAUCUGGACCGGUCAUGUCUGGACCUAAUGAUCCGGCUGCUGGAGCUGGACCUGGACCAAGACCAGGACCAGGACCAGGACCAGGGUGGCAAGGCCGUGACGGACUCCACCGGCGCUCAAUUCAGCGCCAGGGAAAUCGCCAAGAUGAAGGAGAAGAUCAGGAAGCUCUGUGACACCGUGCACAACAAGCACCUGGAUCUACAGAACAUAACGACGGGUCACUUAGCCAUGGAGACGUUACUGUCUCUGACUUCAAAGCGAGCGGGAGACUGGUUCAAAGAGGAACUGCGGCUACUGGGAGGACUGGACCACAUAGUAGAUAAAGUGAAGGAGUGUGUCAAUAACUUAAACCAGGAGGAUGAUAAGGAGAAACUGGUGUCGUCUCUGUGGGGAGCUGAGAGGUGUUUACGGGUGCUGGAGAGUGUGACAGUCCACAACCCAGAGAACCAGAGCUACCUGAUCGCCUACAAAGACUCAUCACUCAUCAUCUCCUCUGCAAAGGCGUUGAGUAGAUGUGAGGAGAUGAUCCAGCGUUACAGCAGGGAGCUGAACUCAGACGGAGCCGUGGUGGGGAAAGCAGUGGAGGACUGUAUGAGGGCCAUUAUAGGAGUCCUGCUUAACCUGACCCACGACAACGAGUGGGGCAGUACGAAGACAGGAGAACAAGAGGAUUUAAUAAUGACGGCUCUGAACUGUGUCCUCAAAGUCCCUCAAUAUCUUCCUCAAGAACAGAGGUUCGACAUCAGAGUACUGGGUCUGGGCCUGCUCAUCAACCUGGUGGAGUACAGUGCCAGGAACAAGUACUGCCUGAUGGAGAUGGAGAUGGAGGGAGGUCAGGGUCCCUGCAACUCCACCGUCUUGCUGAACCCUCAGCACCAGGACAUCACCAGUGCUGGCCCACUGAGCGCCAUCGCUGCUCUUGUACAGCUGUUCCUCCAGCGGGAGCGGGCUGCCAUCCUGGCUGAGGCGCAGACAGAUGACCUCAUCAAGGAAACGCCGAAGCCUGCGGACCAGAGCGGGCAGUGGCAGGAGACCGGCGGGGAGAUCCAGUGGGUCGCCAACGACAACAACAACGAGUCCGACAAGCAGGAGGACGCCAAGAAGAAGGAGAAGGACGAGGAGGACGAGGAGCUGGACCUCAACAAAGCUCUGCAGCAUGCAGGGAAGCACAUGGAGGACAGCAUCGUGGCCUCCUACACAGCACUGCUGCUGGGCUGCCUGUGUCAGGGGAGCCCGUUGAAUGUGACUACUGUGAGGGAGAACCUGCCAAAAGGAGAUUUCUCCAUCAUGACAGAAAUGCUGAAAAAGUUCCUCAACUUCAUGAACCUCACUUGUGACGUCGGCACCACAGGACAGAAGUCCAUCUCCCGGAUCAUUGACUACCUGGAGCACUGCUAGAGAGAAGCCUGUCUCACACACACCACACACACCACACACACACACACACACCACAACCAUCUCCUUCAUCUCUGUCAUUAUCACCAUCAUCAUCCUUAUCCUCCUCAUCUCUGAUUAAGUUCAUUGCUGGAAACCGCUGUUUCUUCAAAGACACACAACAACCACCAUCAUCAUCAUCAUCAUCAUCAUCAUCUUCCUCUCCGUGUUGUGACCAGACGUGCUCCUCGUGCUCCUCAUCCUCCAGUUACAGGAACUUUCCUCCCUUUUCCCUAAACUGACUUCAGAUGGAUUUAACUGUUAUGACUUCUUGAGGGACGUCGGCCCCGAACUCAGCUGUGAUCACAUUUUAUUUUACUUUUAUUAAAGAUACAAUCCAAGUCAGUAUUUAUUUUUUUCCCACCCUUCCUGUAUUUAUAAAAGCUGCUCAGAUUGAUGUUUUUUUCCAGCCGUUUAUUUUUCUUUUCCUUUUUGGCUUUUGAUACAUUUCCUUUGAAAGUUUCCUCACAGUUCAGCUCUUCUCUCACCUGCUCACCCCCCCCACCCCAUCCCUCGUGAAAACACCCCGCCUUCGUAUUGAUCGGAGGCAGAUUGGAGUGGAGCUGCCAUUUUCUCCAGCCUGUCAUCAAAGCCUUGCACCCCUCCGCUCUGCCUUUGGAGCCGAUAAUCGCCAAAACAACUCGAGUGGUUAGAAGAAAAAACAACUACUGACCAGAAUAAUUGCUUUACACGCUGUGUUCUUCUUCUCCUUCUUCUCUUUUUGCCGCUUUGACCUCGACUCUGUCGGAAGGAGGCAGUUUGAGGUAGAUAAAUCAAAAGUAUUGAUCUUUCCUCACCCAAGAGCGCAGAAAUGGCAAGAGUUCAGACCCUGAAUGGCAGGCUUUUGUAACGUUAAGGUGGUAUUUAAGGUGGGACCGCCAACUCAAGGUCUGUUCUUAGGUGUUUUAAUCCGUUUAGAACCAGAAAUCUUCUCUUUGCGCUUCUCUUUCCUCUUCAACCUCUGUAGCAAACUAGCGCAUUUUAAAUUGGUUGUCCUUCUCAUGCCGUUAUCGAAACAGGUACCAGGGUGCCAAAGCACACCCUGGUCAGUCAGCACCCACCAAACAGAGUCAGUCAGCACCCACCAACACACCUGAGACUAAAACACAAUUGACCCUUGAAGGUGUUCAAACUCUUUGGAAACUUUGAACGACUCCCUGCCCCCGUCCACAAGUAGAAACUUUUUCCUUUCACAGAAUCGAUCGUCCUCUCACUCGACAACAAAGCUUUGUGUCUCAGUGGGAACCGAGCCCUCCGGACCAGAACCUGUCCUCCUUCAGGUCCUUUCAAUUACCGCUCGCGUGUGUGCUCGCUGCUCAUAGAAGAGCCUUCAAUUACAGCACAAAGGCACCGGUCCGAGAGGUGAAGACGUGCUGCUUUUCUUUAGUUUGGUUUGAACCGAACCACCGGCGAUUAGAGGCUUUCAGCGAUCAGGUUGACUUCAGCUGUAGCUGUCAAAUCCAAAAGUUCCCAGUUUGUACACUUCAUAUAAAAAUCCUCCUCUGAUCUUUUUGACGUUUCCCUUAGCCCGAGUUGGUGUUCCCAGAAUGCAUUUCAGCAACACCAGGGGAAAGUUUGUAAAUUUAAAAAAAGGUGUCCUUUCUGGUUGAUAGGUCCAAAAUGGCGACUCAAAGAUGAAUUCUGUCUGAACUUUUGGCUUUUGAUACAUUUCCACGUUGUGAAACAUCUGUUUGGUGUUGAUCCUCCAGCAUUAUGCUUGUACACGCUUAUAAAUGCUUGUUAACGUUAAGUUAUUAACAACAAUGUGGCUCUAACUAGAUAAAAAGUGAAGUUUUAGUAAAAGUUAGUUUUUUGAUUUUUAUUUUUUUUUUAAUAUGGGUCCAACGCCAAAAACACUGGAUCCUACGAGUCCCAUAAUGCAACUGGAUAGUGGCUUUGACAUUGUCAGUUGUUUUCAGAUCCUUUUCAGACCAGAGACACAGAAGAACUGUUACCAUGACGAAUAAACUGAACUUCAUGUUUAAAAUCGGUCGAGUGCCCCUUUAAUGGCUUAUAACUCAUUAAUAAAGCAUUAAUAAAUGAUCCUUUAACUAUUAAUAAAGCAAACAGUUACAACGUCAUUUAUAAAAUCGGCCUUAUUAGAAAGCGGUACCAACUGUUCUUCGCUCCGUCUCGUUCGCAGUGUUGAAGACAAGCUGGUGAGGUGAAACUCGGAGGAAGGAUGUAAAAAAGAAAAACAGAUGAAUCUUUGGCACUUAGGUUUACGAUUGGAUGAUUCACUUUCCAAACAGAACGAAAAUGUUGACAAAAUGAAAAGUGAUAAUCUGGUUUUCCAAAAAAAAAAAAAACUGUUAUUUAUUUUUUUAAUCACCUGUCCUAAUCACAUUUUAAAGCUUUUGGUUAUUGAUCGUUUGUUCCUGGAACUUCUCCACAGUGUUUGGCCAUCAGGGCAGAACAAUAAAUCUUCCCCCAGACAGUCUCAGAAAGCCUGGAGUUCUUUAGUUGGUAUUUUCUGAUAAUCCAGGGUGGGACAGAGAUGUAAUUGUUUUGAUUUGAUGUUUCGAUUUGGAAAAUUAAGAUAUAAUUGUAUUUUUUUUUUUGUUCUUUCUGAAUACAGAUGAGUUCUGUUACAUUUCACCUGUUGUAAAAGUUUGAAGCACGUUUUCAUCAAGCAUGUUCAUCCCUUUAAUUUGCAUUCGCCUGUUCCUCUCUGAUCAUU